AUGGUCCAGGGAAAAGACGUAGUUCCGGGCCAACCCUCGACUCAAAACAAUACACAGGAACAUCUCAAAAAAGAGAUGUGGGACGACGGAGAAGGUGAAGAGGCAGAGACGAAGGUUUUUGUGGACUCUGACGCAGAAGCAGGAGACGCAGGUAAAGAUUGGCUGCCGUACAUCAUCGCCUCUGUCUUUCUUUCUCUCCUCUUUCCUCCCCUUGGAUGCGUCGCGUUUUGCUUGUCUUUAGGAGCGCCUUCGGGCUCUAAGAGGGCCGUGUGGGCGGAGCGGGCGCUGCGUAUGGGAUCUCUUCUUUCUUUUGUUUACACUCUGGUGCUAGCGAUGCUGCUGAGUGAGUAUUACUAUAUUCCUAACAGCGGCGCUGUUCUGGGCUAUGGCUUUUAA